AUGAGGUCACCCCCAAUAGAAAAACUCAGGCGGUUUUUGUUAAAGGGGCACACAGGUUUACCAUAUUUCCUCCAACGCCUUGCCCUAGUAUUUUAUCUAGGUCAAAGCGAGUCAGAUGAUUAUGUCAACCUAAUCACCGAUGUACCUUCAUCACAAUCAUCGCCAUUGUCAGCACCUUUGGCGCCAUUACAGCCAUCGUCAUCGUCGUCUUCGUCGUCAUCACUUCAUCAGCCUAUUUACAAACAACUCAAAUGUCAAACAACCACACCGGCCACAUCAUCGUCGUUGUCGUUUUCAUCCUUACCAUUCUCAGCUGCAGCAGCAGCAGCGUCAUCGUCGACGUCAUCAUCUGCAGCAUCUCACAGACCCCUGCUGCCGCAAUCUUUCUUCUCGUCAUCGCCGUCACAACAUCAGCCACACACCGCGGCUAUGACGUCAUCGUCGAGGUCGAAGCAUAGAUAUUGGAGGAGUACUUCCUCCACUAAUUCUAGCUUUUCUAUGGAGUCCAGUGUACAUACGCAGUCAAUAGAACUUGAGAAUUCUCUAUUGUCAUCAUUUUCUUCCUCAUCUAUGGCCAUCCCGGUUAUGAGCUCAUCUACGUCAUCAUCGUCUUCAGCGGUUCCUGGUGGUGGCGGAAGUGGUGGUGGUAAUAGUAGCGGGGGUUGCGGCAGUAGUAGUGGGGGCGGUGGUGGUGCUGACGAAGGGGCUGUAGGAUAUUCAAGACGUCGUAGUUCUGGCCUGCAGUCAUUCAAACAAAACGACCCAUCUGCCCUUAUACACAUUGGCUAUUACGACGCGGGCUGCUACGGCGGUGACCCUGAAUUGCAGGCUCUUCUCUAUUGGCUGUGCGCCUCUUACACCAACCAAUCACAAUUCGUUUAUUUCACACAUGGGGUCUCGAACAUUUCCAGGAUGAAAGUACUUGUGGAGACGGUCUUGAAAUCUGACUGGUCGGUGGGUGUGCUCCUAUCAGAGCUUUUGCUAUGGUGCUCCAAAAAAGUUGACCAAUUAGAUCGAAGAGAAAGAAUCGCUCGUCAUGAUAAUGAUUCUGCCGAUGAUGAUGUUGUUGAUGAUGAGGAUGAGAGUUUAUUCGAUUUUUUGCUUAACGGACGAUUAAAAGGUCGUUUGUGA